AUUGUUUAUGAUAUUGCUGCAACUAACUGCAAUCAACUUUAUUUCAUCCACAUUGCAAAGUUCAUUCGAUCGCCCAGUGGAUGAGAUGAUUGGGUUUCCCUUUAUAACUUCUAUGGUUACAGGUUGAUGUCAUAACCAAUUAUAAAAUACAACUAGGAUAUUGAAAUUUUGCAUGUUUCACAGAGCAUUUUCUCUUAUCGUUAUAUCCAGUUAUAAAAAUCCUCUACCCACUGAUCGGGUGUCACUUCAAAACGUCAGCUUCAUUAAACACUGUCCCGAGCUACUUCGAGCGUAUCGGGAGGGAUCGGAUAUUUUCGGUAAAUUUAAAACACUGUUCCGCGCAUUGACUAGUCAAGCGAUUUAGACGUAGUUGAUGAAAUUUCUCGAUGGUACAGCAUAGAGUAUGCAGACAAGUAAUUUACAUAAAAUUAAACGCGAUUAGUUUGUUGGUAAGAGGAAGAGGAACAAAGCAAUCUCUUGUCAUAAUUAAUUUAUCGCUAAUGGACGCGUCUCCUACAUCUAUCGGCGUAUGAAAAUGUGACACCGCACCUAAAGAGUAUUUGUUCGGAAUAUAAUUAGUGCAAUAUAUGCGCAUGCAUUUAGUGCACGUGAAUAAGUGUGACUAAAAAGUUAAAUUAUGGUAAUUUGAAAGCCUAGUAUACAUGUAGAGUGAUUCGCGGUAGAUGACACGUUAUACGCUUAUGAAAAACGAGACAUAUGAUAAAAGAGUUUUAAUCGACGAGACGUCGUUCAAUCACUUUAUAAUCAUUUUUGGAAGUUUUCGAGAAAUUAAUUAUUUUCAUUAUUUUUUGUUAAACGACUGCCACAUGUUCUGCAUAGGGAUAUUUGUGGGUUUACCGUUUUAGAACAAAACUGCGAAAAUUUAACUAUUCUCGUGCGUUGUUACACCUUGGUGGUUUAUUAAUGACAGGAUGCUUAUGGAAUUGAUAUUUGUCGAACAAAUGCGUAAAAUUUUGCUUAUGCAAUUGGGAACUUGACAACAUUUUAAUUUGAAAAAUAUUGUUUAUAAAACUAAGUUUAUACUAUUAAAAGAACCACAGUUCACAAAAAAAAUAAUUUUGUAGUUCCAUGUAACAAAUAUAGGCAAUUAAAAAUUGUAAAAUUUAAAUCCACUUUGAAACGCGCUGUGAUUGGCCGGUUGUAACGUCAAUUCGCCGUUGACCGACUACACGCUAGCCGGACGGUAGCAUAGAGAAGCCAUUAGAGAACCACGACGCGUUCGUCUUCGUCGUUUUAAUUUCAGUUUUUGUUUUGAUCCUGUCUCUUGCUUUUGUUAUUUUGUGUUUAGUAUCAAAAAGAAAGUUUUGAAAAUGACCGAAACUGAUUUUUAAAAGAUCAAUUUGGUAAUUUACCUUUAGUGGAUAUGUUUAUGGUGACAUCUUACAUACAAAGUAUCGAAAGUUUUUUGUUUUGCUAAGGUUCGCGGUGGUAAAACUAAAAGGUCUGUCUGAAAAUUUAGCCACUAGUUUCAAACCAAUAUAAUAUUGUAAUCAACUUUUUUGUUUUGCUUCCAUUAUUAUCACGUAAAUCACACUAAGCACGCCAUAAUUGCAACUUAAAUAUUGGGUUUUGACUUUUGAUAUUUGGUAUGCGUUAUUUCUAUUCAUAAACAAAUGUAUUAAAUAAAUAAAAAAAAGUUCAAGUUCCCCAUUAAAAGUCUCGUAGUUUCCAGUCGAAAUAAUUGCCCAAAGCAAUGAUGUAGAAAUAAACUAAUUUCAUUUUAAAAUUAUCAAAAGUUUUUUAUAAAUUUCGCAAUACAUUACACCUAUUUAAAAAAUGUGUUAAUGUUUGACAUAGCUUUCUCAUUCAACGAAAAAAAACAUGAAUAAUAAUUUAUACUUAAACGUGAACAAUAUGUGCAGUAGAUGUAUCACAUAUACCAUGCAUUUAUCAAAAUUAACCUAUUGGUUGUUGAUGAACUUUGUCUUCAGGUUAUAAAUUUGCCGUUGCCAUAUAAUGUUAACUUCCUUGGAAUCUGCUAGAAGCAAUGAUAUUUGACGAUGCUAAGUGAAAGUCGGGAGAUUACCAUUAAUUAGGAAUGCUUGAGGUGUUUCAACGAGUAGAUAUGAUUUUUAAUGAAUAUGAAGAUCAUGAAAAAUAACAACAAUGUGAUGGAAUGGUGGUCCAAAUUAUGAAUUUAUGAAAAAUUUUCGGGAGUUUUGAAAUUUUGUAAUUCCAAGUUCAAUUGCCAUUUUACCGUUUCAUUUAAUUUUUCUUAAUUAAAUCUGGCUUUUUCCUGCAUUUAUUUUAUUUAUGUAUUAAUAUUUUAUCCUGUAUAAAUGUUAGAUUGUUAUUAGAUAAUAUAGUCGAUAUAAGUAGGUAAAAGUAGUAGCUAUAUAGUUAUACUAUACUCAUUUUUUAUGUUUAAUCUUUUCUAAUAUGCAUAAUGCAAUUUUUUACGAAUAUCUGUGUUAAAAUCCCAAAAUCUGUGGAAAUCAAUAGCAUGUCAUAAUAAAGAAUUAUGCAACACAGACCGCAAAUAAUAAACGAUAGCGAAAUAAUAUGCGAAUAAUUUCAAUAAACAUAUCAAAAUCAACCGCAAAGGAAUGUUGUGCGUUUAUUUAUAUAUUGCGUGUCACAACCCGUUCGUGGUUAGGAAGUACAUAAUAUUUAAAAAUAUUACUUAUGAAGAUAGUAUUGUAUAUGUAUGUUUGUUUCCCAAACACUAUUCUUAUGUCGGAAUCAUAUUAAUCUUUUAACCUUUUUUUUCUUUCAAUAUCUCCAUUAUAUUUUAGGCAUUUUCCCAAAUCUUUAUUAGAAAAACUGAAUAUUUUGUUAUUAUUUUAAACAUUUGUCUUAUUUGAGGUUUGCUCAAAGUAUUUCUUAAAAAUACCUUUCUAAGGUAUUAAUAUAGAAGCAAUGAAAUAAUAUUCCUGGGCGGAGUCAAUACAGUAUGAUAUCAAUGUCGAUUAUUACAGGUUAUUUUUGGUUAAAAAUAGACCUAAGCCAAUAAUUUUUAUUGAAAAAUUUAUAAAUUUCAGUAAUGCGCCUUUUUUAUAUUCUAGAAUAAGCGAAGUGACUGGUGUAAUAGUAUAUUGUGCAACAAGUUUUGAAAAAGAAGAAGACGUUUCAAUAUUGUUAUAUAACAAAAAUGAAUUGAUUGCGUUUUUAGAUAUUUUUCAUAGCAAUCGUCUGGAAGAGUAAUGCAACAGGUUUGAUAAAUGCCAUUUUAGCAACGAAUCUAAACAACUGAUUGAAGAAGAGAAGAAGAUCCACUUUUCCUUUUCUAUGAACAUCAGCUCCUGCAACGUGUGACGUGAUUGUUUGCUAUACAUAUAUAAGCAGUCGAAAAAAGUAAUUUUAUGGGUGUCAAAUAAAGGAAAACAUGGUGGAUGUUUCUAUUGUAUAAUUGUUUUGUACGUCAAUUAAACUCACGGUCGCAUCUGGAUCUGUAAACAACUUUUCCAAAAUUCUGACAUUUUCGGAUCACACGUCAAAUGUUUCUGGCACCUGUAUUUGUUUUACUACUGUUCGUCGUAUCGUAUUACAUUUAUUCGGUACACUUUUGUCUAUGGACUUUGAAAAGUUUUCACAGCAAAACUAUUUGCGGCAUUUUACUUAACAUUUGCGGUGCGAUGUUGCUGUGGUCAUUUUUUGCAACGACCUACUCCAAGGUGGGAAAGGUACCAGUGGAAUAUAAGCUUUCCAGGAGCGAACACAGGGCAUUGUUGGAUACAAGAACAGAGGAGACAAAAGAUGAACUCUUGGAACGUUUCUGCGAAGAAAGAAAUUUGUUGAUUCAUACGUGUACAGCAACGGGAAGUAUACGCUACUGUGUGACCUGUAUGCACAUAAAACCCGACAGGACUCACCACUGUUCGGCCUGUAACGAGUGUGUUUUAAAAAUGGAUCAUCAUUGCCCGUGGAUCAACAACUGCGUUGGAUUUCACAAUUACAAGAGCUUCGUGUUGCUCCUUUUAUACACCAGCGUGUACUGCAUUUUUUACGUCAGCACUACGUUCCAACCUGUUUUGGAAUACGUCGAAAAUGCUGACAACACCACUUUUAUACCUGUCGCCGUGGGAUUUGGUUUCGCCCUAAUUUUAGCGAUCGUCACUGUAGUUUUUCUCUGUUACCAUAUAAUUUUAUUAUUCAGAAACGAAACUACACUAGAAAAUUUGCGACCGCCCCAAUUUUUCGAAGAAAAUCUAACGUUUGAUCUUUCGCCUUAUCAAAAUUUUGUGGAAGUUUUCGGAGAGAAACGGCGCUUGUGGGCAUUACCUGUGUUUUCGUCCAUAGGAUGUGGCCAUAUAUUUCUCUUGGAAAGACGAUGACGCAAAACUGACCAACUAAAACGAAAUAACUUCUAAGGCGAAAUAUACAUUUAUAUUUUCCAUCUAUUCGUAGAUUUCAAUCUAGACUUUGAAUGUUUGCUGAAUAUGUCAAAUUCGUGAGGUACCUAAUAUAAGGUAUCACCAAAUCGUGACACUAAUCACUAGAUUAUUUCUGUUCUUGCACAUCAGAUUAGAUGGGAUAUGAUUCUUAAUUUCACAAUCUUGGCGUAAUCUAUUUUUUAAGAUCUCUGGACCAUUUUGGACAUUCACUUUUGUUUUUCUCAAAAUACGCUUUCGACGAAUUAGAUUUAAAUUUCGAAUACAUUUGUAGAACAGCUUUGUUUCAAACUGGUUUCAAAUAUUGACUAGUUCUAAAAAUCUCAAGCGGCAAACUUGAUCUGGUUUUAUUAUGCCAAAUAAUGAAUAAUUAUUUAAAAGUCGUUUUAAAUUUUGCGGAUUGAGGUUACUUACUUCUGUGGGACCGUUUUAUACGAUUUUGAACAAAGCUUUAAAAAAAAAUAAAAGUAAUUUUUAAAUAUUUUCUUAUUUCGUUACUUUUACUUGUAUGGCGAUAUAGGUGUUCUAUUUGUAUGUGCCAAAUGAUAUUUUGAAUGGUGUAUGCGCUAGAAUUACAAAUUUUUAAGCAGUCGGCAAUGGAAAAUAAUAUAAGUCGGAAGGCAGGAAAAAUGCCUAUUUGUCUAGAAAGUUCUCUCAAUACCUGGGAGAUCUAUUGGUGAAUGCAUAGUUGUGACACACUAUAUAAAAGAGAUCCCAACAAUUUGCUACAGACAAAUUGAUCUGCCAAACCAUUGACGCAGUCAAUAUACAACUAUUUUUCUACGAUUUUUAAGUGACUGUAGAUCAAGUAAUGAUAAUUUUAGAAUUAAUUUUACAUCCGCAUUCACCUCACAACUGAAGAAUAAAAAUGUAUCUACUCGACAUUUCUAAUAAAUUUCUCUGGCUAGGCACACAAAGAACUCCGAAGUGUUUGAUUUGGAUAUCAACGGAUUUUUACAAAUAUGAGACUUAGAAGAAAUUAAAACGGGCUUUUCUUUUUAAAGAUUUAGAGCGGCCUAGUACGGAUUUAAUUUAGAAUUCGGCCAAACCAAACUUGCUGUUAUUUCGCCAAUCAUCCUGUUGGCUUCUUAAGACCUUAACUCAAAUUGUUCAGCCAACAGGGGUAAAUAGCAACUUCCAUCUAUCACCAACGGAAGCAAGAGGAAUCCAAAAGAUUUCUAAAUAGUACACAAAAAUACUCACACGUGGGCACUGGCGGGCAUGGCGGAUCGGCACAUGCGAGGUCUUCCAAAUGACAUUCUAACGCAUUCGGACAUUUA